AUGCUCCCUCCAUUCCCCCCCUGCAUCCCCUCCUUUCCUUCCCCUGCAUCCCCUCCUUUCACCCCCUGCAUCCCCUCCUUUCCCCCCCUGCAUCCCCUCCUUUCCCCCCCUGCAUCCCCUCCUUCCCCUCCUGCAUCCCCUCCUUCCCCCCCUGCAUCCCCUCCUUUCCCCCCCCUGCAUCCCCUCCUUUCCCCCCCUGCAUCCCCUCCUUCCCCCCCCUGCAUCCCCUCCUUUCCCCCCCUGCAUCCCCUCCUUCCGCCCCCCUGCAUCCCCUCCUUUCCCCCCCUGCAUCCCCUCCUUCCGCCCCCCUGCAUCCCCUCCUUUCCCCCCCCUGCAUCCCCUCCUUUCCCCCCUUGCAUCCCCUCCUUUCCCCCCCCUGCAUCCCCUCCUUUCCCCCCCUGCAUCCCCUCCUUUCCCCCCCUGCAUCCCCUCCUUUCCCCCCCUGCAUCCCCUCCUUUCCCCCCCUGCAUCCCCUCCUUUCCCACCCUGCAUCCCCUCCUUUCCCCCCCCUGCAUCCCCUCCUUUCCCCUCCUGCAUCUCCUCCUUUCCCCCCUGCAUCCCCUCCUUUCCCUCCCUGCAUCCCCUCCUUUCCCCUCCUGCAUCUCCUCCUUUCCCCCCCUGCAUCUCCUCCUUUCCCCCCCUGCAUCUCCUCCUUUCCCCCCCUGCAUCUCCCCCCCCAUCCACCGUGCCAUUCUGCCUACUACUGCAGGUGAAGUACGUGUUUGA